CGCGGCUCCAGCUGCCGACGGAGAAGGAGGAGGAGGUGGUGGCGGUGAGGCGAGGUGCGGGAGAAGCCCGGAGUCCUGCUGUCCCGGGAUGGCUGCUGGGGUGCCUCCCGAUGCGCUGGGGCGGCGGGUCUCCUGUGGCACCGACUACGGGACUGUGCGCUAUGUGGGCAGCGUGGCUCAAACUGCAGGAAUUUGGCUGGGCGUGGAAUGGGAUGAUCCUCAGAGGGGAAAGCAUGAUGGCAGCUAUGAAGGAACACAGUAUUUUAAGUGCAGGCAUCCUAAAGGAGGGUCGUUCAUCCGGCCAAACAAAGCAAAUUUUGGAGUAGAUUUUCUUACUGCAGUGAAGGAUCGGUAUGGAUUGAAUGAUAAGCAAGAUGUUCAGUAUGGGACAGGAAAUACAGUAGUAUUUGGAACGAAGACUGUGGAAUUUGUUGGCAUGGAUUCUGUGGCAGAACAGCAAAGACAGCUGAACAAACUGGUGGAUAUCUCAGUGCGUGAGUGUGCAGUGAGCCAUGCUGGUCAGGAAGAGGAAAUCAGCAGAACAUGUGCCAAUAUGAGGCAUAUAAACCUAUCAAAAAAUCUGAUAUCAUCUUGGGAGACAAUAAUAGCUAUUGCUUCUCAAGUUAAAAAUCUGGAAACACUUAAUGUCAGUGAAAACAAAAUGAGAUUUCCAUCUACAUCAACUUUUACAUCCAGUGCAUUUUCAAAUUUGAAGAUUCUGGCACUUAAUCAAACUGAAAUAACAUGGACAGAGGUUCUUCUUUGUGCUCAAGGAUGGCCAGUACUUGAAGAGUUGUACCUUUCUUCUAACAGUAUUACAGUUUUGGAAAGGCCUGAUAAUGUCCUGCAGACCCUGAAGUUGUUAGACCUUUCAGACAACCAGUUACUGGAUGGAAAUCAGCUGCAUCUAAUAGCAGAGCUCCCCAGAUUAGAACAGCUAAUACUUAGAAACACUGGGAUAUCUUCUAUACACUUUCCUGAUGCUGAAUUUGGAUGCAAGACUAAAAUGUUUCCUUUGCUAAAACGCCUUGCAAUAAAUGACAAUAAAAUAUCACAGUGGUCAUCUAUCAAUGAGCUUGACAAACUACCAAGUCUGCGGGCACUGCAGUGUAACAAUAACCCCUUCAUGGACACAGAGAAGAACCCAGAGACCCUGAUCCAGCUCAUUAUUGCCAAGAUAAGUCAGUUGGAGGUUUUGAACAACUGUGAGAUCCUUCCUGCUGAAAGAAGAGGAGCAGAGCUCGAUUAUCGCAAAAUAUUUGGAAAGGACUGGCUAGAAGCUGGUGGGCAUUGGAACCCAGAGAAAAACAAACCAAGUGAAGAAUUUCUUGCUGCCCAUCCCAGAUACCCAACACUUUGUCUUAAAUAUGGAGCACCUGAAGAAGGAGAACUGAAGGGACGACAGCCUUUGACUCUGAAAAAUCAGCUCCUGACUUUAACAAUUAAGUGUCCUGAGAAACCCGAACAGAAACCAGUGGAGAAAAAACUACCAGAAUCUAUGACUAUUCAAAAGGUCAAAGGACUGCUGUAUCGCCUAUUUAAAAUUCCUGGUUCAGAACUGAAACUGUCCUACGAAAGUUCUAAAUUGGAAGGAAAAGAAGUUGAACUAGACAAUGACCUAAAGCCUUUGCAGUUUUACUCAAUAGAAAGUGGCGACUGUGUGUUAGUACGGUGGUAAGAAGGGACUCUCUUGCUGGACUGAAGGAAAAGCUGACACAGGAACUGCAGAAGAGAGACAGACAGUGCCUGAACAGACAUACAGGUGAAUAUGAGUUUCACACGUGGCACCAGAGGGCUGUACAACUGUACUUUCAGCUCCUCAGCUUUAUCAUCAGCCUCCAUGGAAACAUCUGCUCCUUUGUCCUACUGGAGAGAUACCAAAUAGUGCUGAAGUGCUUCAAUUAAAUAAAACUCAAGGUCACCCUUUCGCAAGAUUUUA